AUGGGAGCUCCAGCUCCAAAACGUCGAAAAAACAAAGUUAUAACAGAUGAAUGUCUAAUGAAAUUAUGGCAACGUUAUGAUGACGGUCGUAUUGACAUUCCAGCGUUCUUGAAAGCUGCCGAAAAACGAACAAUGAAACAAUUCAUUAUUCCAUUUUUAUCUAUACUAUUAACUGCCGGUCUAUUCACAUUUGAUAUGUUUGCAUAUUAUCGUUAUAAUAAACGUGGUCUCUACGAUUUCAUUUCUAUAAAUGGAACAAAUGUAUUAUCAGUAUCAAAUCACAUGUAUUAUGUUGUGCAAAAAAUAUAUAAUGUAAGUCAAUGCACGAAUCAAUCAUUAAUAAUAAAAUCAGAAAAUAAUUUAAAAAUAACUAAUAAUAAUAAUCCAUUAGAUUGGUUAUUACUAAACGAUCGGACAGAAAAUAAGUUCUUUUUAUUUACCUAUUGGUGGGGUGUCAUUGUAGCAUGGUUUUUCACAUUUGGUUGUAACGUCUUAGAAUUAAACGAAACAAUAGAGGACAACAAUAGUGAUAGUUGUGAUCGAAACUGCUGUCAUAAAUUCUUUAUAAAAAUAUUUAAAUUUAUUCGUUCAUUUAUAUUAAAAAGUACUUUUAUUUUACCUGGAUUAUUAUUGUAUUCAUUCGAAUAUGAUACACCAUGUUUAGAGGGACAAUUAUUUUUUUGGCAAAAAAACCUUAUUAAUGAUUCAGCAUUAUAUUUAACAUUAAUAUCUGUUUGUUUUAUAUGGAGUUUAAUUAGUUCAUUUAUAAUAAUAUAUGAUUUAUCUCAAGACGACACUUUAUUUGAAAAAAUGUUAGACAAUAUUGAUGAAGGGAUUUUCUUAUGUUGGGGUUCCAUUUUAAUUAUUGGCUAUUCAACAACAACUUUGUUUACUCUGUUUACAUAUACUCUGUCGUUUUACAAUAAUCAACAUACAUUGGUAACAUCGAUUGGUUCAUUGACGAAUGUUAUUCUAAGUAUUAUACAAAUAUUUUUUCAAAAUAUUAAAGAUUGCAUAUGUUAG